ACAGACGCAAAAAAUAAAAUUUUGUAAAAGAAAUUUCUCUUAAAAUUUCAAUUAAUUCACAUAAAACCUGUAGUUAAAAAUGAAUGCACAAUCUCAAUCACAAGAGAGAGCCUAUAUUGCUCUUUUGGGAUUAGCGGAGCAUUUCAGAAACACUUGCAACAUAAGAAAAUCAAUACAAUGUUUAGAAGCGUUAUUCACAUUUUCACCGCUCUCCAAGAAAGUUGAGGCACGAACUCAUCUACAAAUCGGACAAAUGCUUUUCACAUACACAAAUAAUGUAGAUUUGGCUCGUUCACAUCUUGAGCAAGCUUGGAGUCUCAGCCAAAACAUACAAGGAUUUGACGAUAUAAGAUUCGACUCAAGUUGUACUCUUUCACAACUUUAUCAACAAGAAAAUCAAUCCGAUACUGCCAAAACUAUUUUACGCAAGGCGAUAGAGAACUCUCAACAUAAUAUUUAUUGGUAUUCGAAGCUGCUUUUUAAAAUUGCUCAAAUUCAUGCCAACGAUAAAGAAUAUAAUCUUGCAUCGGAAUAUCUUUCAAUUGGAGUAGAAGCAGCGGAAGAAAACAAUUCCAGUUAUCUCAAAACACAAUUUCUUCUCAAUCGUGCAAUGAUUUUGAUUAUUGAAAGAAAAUCCAACGAUGUCAUAUCACUUCUCAAUCAAGCCGGAGCUUGUUUAGAGACCAUUCAAAACCUAAAUCUUAAAGAAUAUUCAAGAGUUUUUCAUCUUAUACUUCAAGUGUCGAAUUCACUUCAAUUGGGUCAUGUAAAAUCUGUUAAGGAAAUUCUCAAGCAGUUACAAAGAAUCAUUCAGACAAUUGUAAGCACAAAUUGGCCACCUGAUGAACAGAUCUUUGGACAACAACCUACCGAACACUUCAUGUGGCUGCCAAAAGAACAACUUUUUGUUCUUGUCUAUGUUCUUACAGUCUCCCAAUCAAUGAUUAGCGGAUUUCUUGAAAAGACACAAAAGUACACUGAAAAGGCAUUAACACAAAUUGAAAAGCUGAAAGCACAAGAAAAUAAGCCAAUUUUGGCAGUUUUUGAAGUCAUUCUAUUAGAACACAUUGCUAUGUGUCGACUCAUUACAGGAAACCGGUCGUGGGCCAUAAAAGAAAUUUCUGAUGCGAAAGAUAUUUGUCUUGCUUCACCCAACAAAUCACUGCUCAAAACCCAUUCAGCUCAGCUUCAUUGUUUGUUGGGACUUUAUGCAAUGUCCGGAAACAUUUAUGAUCGAGCGGAAUUGCAGUUUAAGACAUCGGUGCAAGAAACAAAUCAUAAAGAGUUGAAAUUAUUCAGCAAUCUUAACUUAGCAGUCGUUUAUUUACGGAUGGGACAAGAUGACAAGUUGAAGGAACUUCUCAAUCAUAUUGCUGCUGAAUACACUCCAAAUUUUAGCAACCAAGCUUUAUUAGGCAGUUACUAUUGGGUCCAAGGCUUGAAUUCAUUCUACAAAGGUGGAUUUCAUGAAGCGAAACGUUUCUUGCGUGAAUCCUUAAAAAUGGGGAAUGCUGAAGAUUUGAAUCGACUGACUUCGUGUUCCUUAGUACUUCUAAGUCAAGUGUUCUUGAGUAUUGGAAACUCGAAAGAAGCAAUGAACAUGGUUAUUCCAGCAAUGCAACUUGCUGGUAAAAUUCCCGACGUUAAUGUUCAACUUUGGGGUAGUUCAAUCCAAAGGCAAUUAUAUAAACAACUAGGACAAUUGCAAUCUGAACAAGAAGCUUUCCGACAGCAUAAAAUCUACUCACAAACCUUGAUAAAUGAUCAGUACAAAUGUGGACAAAUGAUGCAACAUGUUCUUCUUGAUUGGAUUUCAAAUGAACCGCCAGCAACUGUUGAAUCCACAGAUUUUCAAAUGGCUAUGCCAUCAACAUCAAAUUUUACUGGAACUUAUCAUCAAUAGACUCAUAAUAUGAAUAAUUACUUAAAUUGCAUACAUUUGUAAUUGAAACUGACUUUCCAUUACUGAAAGGUUAUUGAGUAAGAAAAAAAAUUUUGAUUUUUUUUGUUCUUUGAAUUUUAUGUUCUUUUUUAUUCUGAAAUCUUAGCUUAAGAAAUUUUUUUCAUGUUCAUGUGUAGCUUUAGUUCACUAAUAACUUCAUAGAUAAAUUAAAUAAAAAAGAAAGAAAACUUUUGAAGAAACAAAUAUUUUAGUUUCUUAUUUAUUAAUUGGAUCGCUUUGAAAGAUUACUUAUUAAGGGUCUAUUUGUAUUUAAGGACUUAUUUAUGUUCUUGUAUAAUUAAUUAUGAGAACAAUUGUAAUAAAAUCACAGAUUAAAUACUUGCACGAAGGUUAUAAACUUUAUUUCAAUUAUUUUCAGAUUAUUGAUAUGAAAUAAAAAUUAAACUGUCGGAAACACAAAAAAAAUAAAAAUUGUGUUAAAUGACCUUCUGAUAUUUAUCGUGAACAUAAAAAAGAAUAAUUAUGUG